UCCGGUAACGCAGUCACAGACACAUACACAUGUGAUCAUCCUCAGCCCGAAAUCACACAACACACAGUCACAAACGACACAGUCACAGACACACCCACAGACCACACAGUCACGCACCUACCCACAUGUAAAGCAGUCACAGACACACCCACAUGUGAUCAUCCUCAGCCCGAAAUCACACAACCACCAGGCUCCGGUGACGCAGUCACGGACAUACCAACAUGUGCUCAUCCUAAGCCCGAAAUCACAGACAUACCCACAUGUAAAGCAGUCACAGACACACCCACAUGUGCUGAUCCUACGCCCGAAAUCACACACCAGUUAGUCACAGACGACACAGUCACAGACACACCCCCACAUGAACCUCCAAAGCCCGCAAUUACACACCCACCAUGCUCAUGUGCCCUAGUCACAGACACACCCACAUGUGAGGAUCCUAAGCCCGACAUCACAGACAUAGCCACACGUGACGCAGUCACGCACAUACCCACAUGUGAGGAUCCUAAGCCCGAAAUCACAGACAUACCCACGCACGACAUAGUACCGGACAUAUCCACAUGUGCUGAUCCUAAGCCCGAAAUCACAGACAUACCCAAACACGACACAGUAACAGACAGACCCACACGUGACGCAAUGACGCACAUACCCACAUGUGACGCAGUCACAGACAGACCCACAUGUGAUGAUCCUGAGCCCGACAUCACACAACCACCAGGCUCCGGCGACACAGUCACAGACACACCAACACGUGACGCACUCACCGACACCGCCACGCGUGCGGCUCCUACACCCAGAAUACCAGAGCACGUAGUUACAGGCGCCACA